CGUCACGCACCGCGUACGUGUGCUUGUGUGACUUCCCAGUAAGAUUGAUUUGGAAAGAGGAUAAACAUGCCCAUGAAAGGGAGGUAUCCGAUCAGAAGGACGCUGGAGUAUCUCCAGAAGGGCGACAUCAUAUUUAAGAAGAGGGUGAAGAUCAUGACGGUGAAUUACAACACACAUGGAGAGCUGAGCGAAGGAGCAAGGAAGUUUGUGUUCUUCAACAUCCCGCAGAUUCAGUACAAGAACCCGUGGGUCCAAAUAAUGAUGUUCAAGAACAUGACACCAUCGCCCUUCCUGAAGUUUUACCUGGAUGAUGGUGAACAAGUCCUGGUGGACGUGGAGGGAAAAGACUUCAAACAAAUUUCACAGCAUGUUAAGAAGAUUCUGGGUAAAUCAGAUGAAGUGUUGCAAGCUGAAGCUCAAGCCAAGUUGCAGGAGUCUCACCCUUCCAACUUCGGCCCAAAGAAGUACUGUCUGAGGGAGUGCAUCUGUGAGGUGGAGGGCCAAGUGCCGUGUCCCAGCACCACUCCGCUGCCAAAAGAGAUGACGGGCAAAUACAGAGCCAAGAUGGCAGAGUCACAGGACUGAGAGGCCGAGCAGCUCGCUUUUCCAUCUCCUCUUGACAUUCAUCUGGCUGUGAUGGCUGUAUUAAUGGACAUAUGCUCCAGCCAGAAGCUGCAGGAUUGCACUGACACGUGAUGAGCUGCUCCACCAUUCUCACACAGACUUUUAACAUUCAUCAAUGCAGAUGUUAGCGUCCAACUCUCAAUGUCUCAUCGAUGUGAAAUUCUGUGCAGGUUAACGUGUGUGCUUGAGUUACUGCUGGGAUAAAGUUUUACACUCAAAAAUUCUCAGUCUCGUGCAUGUGAGUGAUGGCGUAAAACAUGCAUAAUCCAUAUUGACUCAUCCUGCCAAAAUGAUGCCAUUCCUGGAAACAAAGAAACCUCCAUCUGCUCUUCUGUUGUACUAAUUGAUGUCAGUUAGUUUUCCACUGCUCUAAAAGAAUUCCUACAAUCUAAUCUAAUCAUAAUGUGGCUGACACAAGUACGUAUUUGUAAUUUAGGUUAUCAUAAGAGAAUUUAUUUCAGUAAUUCAAAGAAGUUAUCACCAACAUAAGUUUGCCGCACACUGAUAUAAUUUGUGUCAAGUUAGAGUAAUGGCCUUCUGCUGGUCAGCAUUGUUGGUUCUAGUGUUUCCUGCAGAGACUCCAUACAGCUUGUCAGCAGAGGGAAGCAUGAAGCGUUGCAACAUUUCCUGGUACUUUCUAGUUUUUGGACUAGAAAAAGCAUAACGGACCAACGUGAUUGUGAAAUCAUCGCCGAGUUUGGAAAUUUCACACUGAAUCUCAGGCAACUUGAGUCUCUGUGCCUCUCCAUGUGUUCUCUAGAUUUUUAAUUUAAGUUUAAAGAGAAGUUUGUACCACUCCAUCUCACUUUUCUCAAAUUCUCUGGUACAGGUAUGACUCCAUAAAGACAGAUGUGCCUCCGACUGACUCCAGCUGAAGUUCUCACCUUUCUAAUCUCCCCAACUCUUGACUUUCAUUUACAUCACAAUUCUCUCUAGACUUUAAUUAUUCCUGUGAAAGUUAAUUCUACUUCCGGCAACAUAGAGGAUGUCUAUUUACAUCCUCUACUGCAAUCCCGAUGGUUGGGUUAGCUUUAAUAUUUCUCUAUUUUUAUUGUUUGUAAACGAUUUCUGUUUUAAGAGAAUUAAUCUUGUGUUACUGCAGGUCAAAAUUGGCAGGAAUGUUUAAAACACAGGUUGGGUUGUGCGGGGUCUAUACCAGGUUCAUGUUGAAACCUAAUUUUUCUGAAAUAAAACUCCCACAAAUGUAA